CAGGACAUGGGGACUCGCUUUCCAGCGUUUUUUGGCAAGGUGGAAGCAUCAGGUUCGCCCUUGGCAGCCACGUGGUUCCAGCGAGUCGGCAACAUGUCUCGGAUGUGGCUUCUGCUGACCCUCCUGACUGGGGCUGCAGCCCAAGCUGCCAAUGAAGUUGGGCUUAGCCUCUCAAAGGCUGCUAAGGUGUCCAAUAGCGCCUCAGCACAGGCCCAUGCAGAGAUUGCGACAAUGACAAGCGAACUAAAAUUGAAACAGAAGCAGUACAGCUCUGCGAAAGUCCAGGUGGAGCAGCUGAUCAAAAAGGAGAAGACCCUUGCAAAGCACACAGACCAGCUGGAGCACCAAGAGUCCAGGAUGGAAGAAAGGCUGAAAGCACAGGGAAGUGCUUCAAACAAAGUUACGUUGGCGAGAGCCCAGGCUCAAGCUUUGCAAAAGAAAGUGCUGUCCACUGAAGCUGCUGUAGCUACAGUGCAGCAGGCCAUCAGGCACCAGCAAGAUGCAUUGAAGUCUUCUGAGGAGGAGCUUCAACGUAUCAAGCGGAAAGAGGAAGACUUCAGUGAAGGCACACGCUUAGCUGUAAUGAAAAGCAACAAGUUGGAGCAGUCAUUGAAAGAAGCUCGUACAGAAUUGCAGAAACAAAAGGCGAACCUCACAGAGCAGCAUGAAACAGCACGAGCAGCCGAAGCUAGACGAGAUCAUGCUCAUCAUGAAGAACGCGACAAGGCUAACGCAGCACCGUCAUCGCUGGAAUCACACCGAGGCCAGGUGAAGCCCAUCAAUGCACACAGCAUCAACUUGGCGGAACAGGAUGUCAAGCAUGCUGAGAAUCAAUUGAAAGACGCGCAGCGACAGUUCAAGGAACUUCGUCAACAGAAUCCUGAAGGAUCUGCAGGUGGGAUUUUUGCCAACUUGCUUGGGCCCUUCGCUCGUUGACACCUUGCUGCAUCUUGCUGCACUGGAAUACUGGUGCAGAUCCAUGAGUGUUAGAAUUGAACACCCGACAACUUAGUUGCGAGAAAUGAGCGUGC